AUGACAAGCUUUACCAAGACACUCAUGACGGAGAACGGAAGCAUCAAGGGGAAAAUCAAAUACUUGGUAGAGGAUCCACCAAUGAGCCGCCAACAGAGCGGAAGCUGUUCCUCGAGGGACAUCGAGCGCGGUGCAGGUGAUCACAGAGUUUCUAGCCGGUCAAGAAAUUCAUCUCCAGCGUCCGACUUCCACAGGACUGAUCGACCCAGUCGUAGCUCGAAUACAUCUAGCAGAUAUGCUGUAGAUGCGCGGACUGAGUCUCCGCCCCGGCGCGGUCGGCCGCAAAUAUCUUCUGGGGCAUUAUCAGAGUAUAUGGCGCACGCACAGGCUCCACCGAGGAUGUCAAGAUCGAGACAGAGGCCUGUCGACCCGUCGCCAAGUCGCGCUGGUCGAACUCCCGCAGAGGGGCCCGUGUCCGAGUCUCAAUCCUCGAGAGGCCAAGGUACGUCGUCCACAUCAAUGGAGAGUAUCCUGGACAUACUCGAGAACAUGCAGAUGGACGAGUCAGAGGAUGAAGACCCUAUGCAGUAUGCGGACAACGAGUCCUUCUUCCCGGAGCCCAAGGUCACUUUUAUGAUGGACAAACCGGACAACGUGAUCUGCUCCAUUUGUAUGACUAUACCCCUUCGCCUCGGACGGUCCUCCGGGCGACCCAGCGAGAAUGAUACAGUCGUGUUGGCGUGCGGGCAUGUGUCAUGUGCCGGCUGUAUGGAAUUGUGGCUCGAUGCCAACGGCUCAUGUCCGUUCUGCCGCGUCUCACACGAGUACAAAGCCUGCGGGCACCCUGUAAAGCCGCGUGUCAUCGCCAAGGACACCAUCAUGUCGCUGCCCAAGACUAUCCCCGAGGGUGGCAAGAUCGGCAGCUGCUGUCCAGACUGCCGCGCUGAUGACUCGGCCCGGAAGUUGCGGAGGCACGAACAAGCCAUUCGAAAGUGGAGGCGGGUUGUUGCGCAAGCCAACACCAGCAUUGAAGACUCCGCACUGCUGGCCCGGGCCCAGGAGGCUCUGGGCCACGCCAAGAGGGCCUUUGAGGACUUUCAGGCUUCGGAAGACUACCAAAAUACCGUACGUGCGCGUACGCACUGGUAG